AUGUAUUGGCAUCCGACCACUGAUAACUUCGCGUAUAAGAUUUCGGAUGAUGAAGUCCUAAAAGACAUGUUGGCCCAAGAUGCAAUUAUCACCAAAAGAAAAAUGCUAAAAACGAUCAUGAAGUUUUUUGAUCCUCUUGGAUUGAUCUCUCAGUUCAUAAUUCGUGGUCGAAUUAUAUUGCAAGAGGUAUGGAGAGAAGGAUACGAUUGGGACGAGCCGGUGUCAUCUCAAUUAAGUAACGCGUGGUUGGACUUUAUAAAAGAGUUGAAGAACAUCGAAAAGAUAAAGAUUCCUCGCCGUUACUUAUUAGCUAACCCAGACGACUGCAAAGUUAGUUUGAUUGUUUUCGUUGAUGCAUCAGAACAGGCAUUUGCUGCUGUGGCUUAUUUGCGUUUUGCUCGAGAAGAUGAGGUUCAAGUUACGCAAGUAAUGGCCAAGGCUAGAGUCGCACCCGUUAAGCAAUUAACCAUACCACGCCUAGAGUUGCAAGCUGCUGUGCUAGGUGUUCGAUUAGCAGCUACUAUUAAGGCCUCGCACACUAUUAGAAUCGAUGAGUCUCUUUUUUUAUCAGACUCGAAAACUGUGCUGGCUUGGAUCAACUCGUCUAAUUCUAAGUUGCCGUCUUUUGUUGCUUCAAGGAUAGGUGAGAUAUUGGAUUCUACUUCACCUCGUGAAUGGUUCCAUGUAGGUUCUAUCGAUAACGUGGCUGAUGACGGCACUAAGCGAUUUGACGUUUCAAUGGGUAAUCAAGAUACACGUUGGUUCAAAGGCCCAGAAUUUUUAAAACGUCCUUUUGAGGAUUGGCCCGUUACUACUUACGUUGAGAAGGCAGAUACUAAGACUUGCAUCACUCAUCUUCAUACUUAUAAACCAAAGCUUUAUUACGGUGCGUUUGAGAUGUUAUCUGCUAGAUUUCAAACAAGAUGGUGUUCAUCAGUUCGAGCUAUUGCGUUUUUACUGCGAUUUAAACACUUUCUUCAAAGAAGGCCCAUCGAACAAGAAGCUUACAUCACACCUUUCGAGUUCAGAAAAGCUGAAGAAUGGAUGUUUCGCAAGAUUCAGGGUGAGUGUUUUUCAUUGGAUAUAGCUUCUUUGAGGUCAGGUGGCAUGGUCAGUUCUUCGAGUUCAUUACUGAGCCUUUCACCGUUUCUGGACGAAGACGGAACGUUGCGGCUAAGUUCAAGAGCGCAAAAGGCAAAUUCUUCAUACUCAUCCCGAAAUCCAGCGAUACUCCCUAACAGACAUCCUUUAGUUGAUCUUUUUAUCGAAUAUCAUCAUAAGAAAAAUUCUCACAUAGGAACCGAGACAGUAAUAUCAGAUAUUCGUGAAUCCGCCUGGAUAAUAAGUAUACGUUCAGCUGUUGAGAGAGUAAGAAAAGGGUGCUUUAUGUGCAAAUAUCUGAAGACUAAACCAAUUAUGCCGAUAAUGGGUCAACUUCCUGAAGCUCGAUUGGCCUUUGACUGCAAACCCUUUACCCAUGUAGGGGUGGAUUGUUUCGGACCUAUGUUGGUUAAAUUUGGUAGAGGUACGGUGAAGCGCUACGGGAUGGUUUUCACUUGCUUAACGUUCAGAGCUGUACAAAUAGAGGUUUUAAAUGAUUUGAGCUUAGACCAGUGCACCAUGGCGGUAAGGCGUUUUGUAAUAAAUCGUGUUGUAACAAGAUUCUUCUACAGUGAUAAUGGCCUUAACUUUGUGGGAACUAAAAAUCUGUUAGAAAAAGACGCUAAGGAGAUGGAGAACUCCCUUUGCGAGUAUUCUUCAAGGUAUGAAGGUAUCUUGUGGCGCUUCAUACCUGCGUACUCUCCCUGGAUGGGAGGUGCUUGGGAGCGUCUCAUACAAUCUAUCAAAAACAGUAUCGACUUUGUUCUAAAGGGUAUCGUGCCUAGAGAGGAUGUCUUAAGAAAUGCCCUUACUGAAGCUCAGGGGCAGUUGAAUAGGCGCCCGCUCACUCACAUCCCGGUCGACCCUGAGGAUCCCAAGCCCUUAACGCCAAACUCAAUGCUAUUCGGAGAGGACGAUCGAGAUGUCACAGCUCCUGGAGUAUUUUCGGAUAGCGAUUGUUUCAGCCGAUUCUAUAGUCGCCGAUCUCAGUAUCUGAUGGCCGAACUUACAAAACGAUGGUACAAGGAAUAUUUGCCUACUAUUACGAGACGAUCCAAAUGGUUUAAAAAAACAAAACCAGUCGAAGUGAAUGAUGUUGUCAUCGUAAUUGAACCCAAUGAGAUACGUUCGGCUUGGCAUUUGGGACGUGUUAUCCAAGUUUAUGCUGGUCCAGAUGGGGUUGUUCGAAUGGCCGACGUUAAACUAUCAAACGGUUCUAUAAAGAAGAAGAGAUCUGUAGGAAGACUCGCUGUUUUGGACUUGGAGUCUUCGCCUACUUCUCAGACGGCCCCCGGAAUGUCAUCGAGUCCUUAA